AUGGUGGCACGUAGAGAUUACUUUGGAAUCUCUGUGGAGGAUCCACGUUGGGACAAGAGGGGUCGGACGACCCCUUGGAAGGCUGGAAAGUUGGCAAGGGACUCCAUUGAAGCCCCCUUGGAUAGCUGCUGGAAGCCCCUUGGAUGCACGCCAACCGCUCGACGAAAGUCCCAAGAGGAGGAGAAGCUUGUUGCGCAGCUGCACUGCACCUUGCACGCGCGCUGCGUGUGA